AUCUUCAAACAUACACAAACACAUUAGAAGAAUCAUAUCAAUUCUCUCCUAAACAGUUCUUUUACACACAAUAUACAUCAAUGGACUCCAAUCCAACCGGUUUAGCUGUUGUGAUCUUUAUGCUCCUGUCCAUCCAAAUCUUUUGCCCAGCUGGUGUGGCAGGGGACAUCACCGGAGUUUGUUACGGCCGGAACGGCAACAAUCUCCCAACGCCGGCAGAUACAGUAGCUUUAUACAAAACCAACAAUAUCGACGCAAUCCGUAUGUACGAGCCCUUCGCUGACAUGCUCGAAGCUCUCCGUGGCUCAGGUCUCUCAGUCGCUUUUGGUCCACGAAACGAAGAAAUUCAAUCCCUAGCCCAAGAUCCAGCCGCCGCAACAAAUUUCGUCGCCACCUGGAUCAUGCCUUAUCAAAACGACGUCGCAAUCAAAUGGAUCACAAUCGGUAACGAAGUCUUCCCCGGAGACAUCGCUCCAUUUGUCGCCGCCGCGAUCAGAAACGUCAACGCCGCGCUAACGAAUUUCGGCGUCACAGGAAUCUCCGUCACGACGGUUUUAGCUAUGAACGCGUUGACCAAUUCAUAUCCACCUUCAGCUGCAACAUUCCUACCAGAUCUAACCGAGAUCAUGACGGAGAUUUCAUCGAUACUCUCGGAGACGAAUUCGCCUCUCAUGACGAAUAUCUACCCCUACUUCGCAUACGCGUCAGAUCCUUAUCACAUCUCACUCGAUUACGCUAGUUUCAAAUCCGAUACACCGGUAGUUAUCGACGGUGAUUUGAAGUACAACAACAUGUUCGAGGCGAUGGUUGAUGGAUUCAAUGCGGCGCUGGAGAAGAUCAAUGCCGGAAAUGUGGUGGUGAUGGUGGCGGAGUCUGGAUGGCCGACGGAGGGAAAUCCACCGUAUACGAGUGUUGAUAACGCCAAGGCCUACAAUUUGGGGAUUAGGACAUGUGGAGGAUCUGAACGGAAGCGGACGCCUCGCCGGCCGGAGACGCCGGUGGACGUGUUUCUAUUCGCGAUGUUUAGGGAGAAUCAGAAGGAUGGUCCGGUGGAGCAGAGCUUUGGAAUCUUUGCACCUGAUAUGACUCCAGUCUACGAUCUCUUUUCCAGAUUAACCGCCGCCGGAAACAUGAAUCCGUUUGUCGGAGUCUGUGAUGGAAGAAACGGAGACAAUCUCCCACCUCCGGCACAAAUAGUAUCUCUAUACAAGAAAAUAAACGUCGCUGGGAUAAGACUAUACGAGCCUGUCCCCGACCUCAUCGUCUCAUUACAAGGAACUGGUCUUCUCGUAGCCAUCGGACCAAGAAACGAAGAAAUCAAAACAUUAGCCGAACAUUACGAAUUUGCCUUAAAUUGGGUUAAAACGUUUAUAGCACCAUACAAAAACGUAGCUUUCAGUUGGAUCACUGUGGGAAACGAAGUGAUCGAAGGAGAGAUCGGACGUUACGUGCCACAAGCCAUGAAGAAUAUAAAAGCUGCAUUGACCGAAAUCGGAAACUCAAAGACCCACGUCACCACCGUCAUAUCCACAGCCUCACUCGCUAACUCUUACCCACCAUCAGCCGGAGUAUUUAAACCGACGAUAACCGAACUUAUAACCGAAAUCGUAUCGAUUCUUAGCUCUACCGAUUCACCACUCAUGGUCAACGUUUACCCUUAUUUCGCUUAUGCAUCAGACCCUAGCCACGUGACAUUGGAAUACGCAACGUUCCGUUCGACUUCACCAGUAGUGACCGACGGAAAAUACCAAUACACGAACAUAUUCGAUGCAUCGUUGGAUGCUUUUAAUGCGGCGUUAGAGAAAAUCAACCACGGAAGCGUGAAGGUGUACGUAGCGGAGACCGGUUGGCCUACUAGAGGAAACGUUCCAUACACGAGCGUGGAGAACGCUCGUGCCUAUAACCAAGGAUUGCUCAAGAAACUCACUACAGGUAAUAAGGGUACUCCGAGGCGGCCCAAUGUUCCAGUGAUGACUUUUUUCUUUGAAAUGUUCAAUGAGGAUUUGAAAGAAGGCGAUGUAGAAAAAAGCUUCGGAUUCUUCAAUCCUGAUAUGGCUCCUGUCUACGAUAUGUGGAAUAUAAAUGUUUCUAGCUACAACAAGGAAGGCUAUAGUUGGGUUAUUUGGACUAUCUCGGAGCUCUCUCUUCCCGCCGGCGAUCUCCUCCGUUUAACUCCGGUGAGAUUCGCUAAAGGUCUCCGAUCUUCUAGUUUCGGUAGAGAGAUCUAUCUUAGAUUCUCGAUUAGGUUUCCGUUUAAGCGAGAUCUCAGAUUUUUGGUCGAUCGAAUGGGGAAAAUCAAGAAAGCGAAUCAAAGGGGUCACAUUGCUACACCUUAUCCAUCACCAUGUUGCAAGAAAGAAUGGGCUGGCUCAACCUGCCCAGUAUGCUUGGAGUCUCCACACAAUGCGGUUCUUCUACUGUGUUCGUCUUAUCACAAAGGAUGUCGUCCUUACAUGUGUGCAACAAGCAGCCGUUUUGCCAACUGCCUCGACCAAUACAGGAAAUCAUACAGUAACGAGAACUCAGGACAACCCGAGCUCUUGUGUCCACUGUGUAGAGGUCAAGUGAAAGGUUGGACUGUUGUGAAAGAUGCUCGGAUGCAUUUUAACUCCAAGAGAAGGACUUGUAUGCAGGAUAACUGUUCCUUUUUAGGAAAUUUCCGAAAGCUCAAGAAACACAUGAAGGAAAAACACCCACAUGCUUGCCCGAGAGCCAUUGAUCCAGCUCUGGAAACCAAAUGGAAGAGGCUUGAGAGGGAAAGAGACAGAAGAGACGUGAUAAGCACGAUAAUGUCAUCGACACCAGGUGCUGUUGUGUUGGGAGAUUAUGUGAUAGAGCCCCAUAACCGAGCUGUUUAUGAUGAAGAAGACGAAGAAGAAGAUUACAGCUCAGAUGACUCUCUGAGCAACGGGAUAUUGGAUCUAGAAUCAUCAUGGCAAGGACAAAGCCAUCAUAUUCGGUUUCUCGAUAUGGAAUCAAGUGAUUUCGCAUCCUCUUCCAGCUCCCCUGCUUCUCCUAGCCGUUCGCUUCACCGCUUGCUCUUUCCAAGGAACCAGAGAGGUGGCAAUAGAGGAGCAGUAUAAAAAGGCUAACAUGACUAGCCAAUUAGCCAUACACAGGGAUUUGAAAAAAAAAAACUCGCAGUCGUCCCUUUCUUUUAUUUAUUUUCAUGUAAAUUAUGUAUUCUGUGUAAUUGUAUUAUUGUUUCUGCAUUGUUGUACUCUAAUGAGGCAUUAUCUCUUAUGCCUCAUUUCAAAAUUUCUCUUUUAUUUCCCUUUUUUUCUCUGUACUGAUUUGAUCUUCAUCUUCCUCAAGUUCUGGAAGAACAAUAAAAAGGUUAUGUGAAA